AUGUCCUUUCUUCCCCCUGCCAGUCCUGAACCUAAGGCCUCACAUACGCUAGACAAGUACUUUACCACUGAGUUAGAGCCCCAGUUCAGGGGGAAAAAGAUGAUAAAUGUUUUCUUCUUUUCUUUCCAGAUACUGAGGAGAGCAGACAAAAAUGAUGAUGGAAAACUGUCCUUUGAGGAAUUUAAAGCAUAUUUUGCAGACGGAGUUCUCAGUGGAGAAGAACUGCAUGAACUCUUCCACACCAUUGACACGCACAACACCAACAAUCUUGACACAGAAGAACUGUGUGAAUAUUUUUCUCAACACCUGGGGGAAUACGAGAAUGUACUGGCUGCACUUGAAGACCUGAAUCUCUCCAUCCUGAAGGCAAUGGGCAAAACCAAGAAACUGGGUUCACUGCUUUGGGAAGUUGUUGAACUUUCAGGAGGUAAAGCCUCCCUGGAGAUGUUGGUCACCAGGCAAGGCCCCACCAAACCAGAGGUUCUGUCUAUCCAGUGGCCCGGGAAGCGAUCUAGCCGCCGAGUCCAGAGGCACAACAGCUUCUCCCCCAACAGCCCACAGUUCAAUGUCAGCAGUCCAGCAUUAUUAGAAGAAGACAGCCAGUGGAUGACCCAGAUAAACAGACUCCAGAAAUUAAUUGAUAGACUGGAAAAGAAGGAUCUGAAACUUGAACCCCUGGAAGAAGAAGUUAUUGAGGAGAGCACUAAACCGCACAUCAUGCUUGUGCAGCGCCAGAUGUCGGUGUCAGAAGACGAUCUGGAAGAGUUCCAGCUCGCUCUGAAACACUACGUGGAGAGCGCCUCAGCCCAAAGCGGGUGCCUGCGUAUUUCUAUACAGAAGCUUGCAAAUGAAUCUCGCUACAUGAUUUAUGAGUUCUGGGAGAACAGCAGCGUGUGGAACCGCCACCUCCAGACGAAUUACAGCAAGACCUUCCAAAGGAGCAACGUGGAUUUCCUGGAAACCCCGGAACUCACGUCUACGAUGCUAGUUCCUGCUUCAUGGUGGAUCCUGAACAACAAUUAGAUUAUCUCCACAUUAUUGUUCCAAGUACAAGUGUUCUUAUCUAAAAUGCAAACUGGAAAGCUCUCUGUGGCUGCCAACUGGCUGUACUUUUGUUCAUUGUGUUCACUGUGAGUGCGCUAUUCUGAAGUGUAUUCUGGAACUAUUUACAUUGUGUUCACUGUGAGUGCGCUA